AUGACAGAUUUCGCAGUAUGGAGCCCUAUUGUGUCAUUCCUCACCCUAAUCCAGUAUAUAAAUGGGUUGGCUGGUGCAGCAGGAGAAAUGCGAACCGCCGAUGACAUUAUAAAUUGCACGUCCGACCUACUUAUCGGCGUCAAAUAUGAUUUCGAAAAUUUUAGAAACUAUCUACCAAGUUCGCGCAGAAGAUACACCGAACGCCAGAUUGACCGCACCGACAAAGAGCUCAAAAAGGCGCAACAAAUCAUCGCUGGCAGCAAGGACAAAAAUGCGGCCAAGCGCCGAAUCAACGACAUCUGUUGGGUCCUAAAAACUAAAGCAGAGUUACAGACGUGCUUAACUGCGCUUCGUCUAUAUCAUAUCACACUAUCACAGAUACGCUCGGAAUUGGCCUUCUUGGAGAGCACAAUUCCCUGGACCUCGAAUCGUUUGUGCCUGGAACUGCGAACAUUUUCAAACCCACGUUUAGGACCACCGGUCGAUAUGAACAAGGAACCCAGGGUGUUAACCUGGGCUGAAGGCGAACGCUCAAAUGGCAGCCAGCACUCACUCCCGACAUCGCAGCCUCGGCACCGGUUUCUUACAAUGUCUUCGUUACCCUACGCGGACGACCGCUUUGCAAUCUCCCCACGUUACUCGGAUCCAGAAGAUUUGGGCUUGUGGCUUCUCCAGCAACGCUGUGACGUUGACCGUGUGCGAGAUUAG